AUGUUAACGAAGAAGGAAAAACUCCUUAUUCGCCCGUGGCAGAUGCAACGUUACAUUAACCACCGGAUUAAAGUGGUGACGGCCAUGCCAGCCAUCGAUUUUCAUCCACCCCCGGAACGGAUUCAUAUCGCCCAAAAGCUGAAGAAACAACAGAAAGAACUCGAACGAAAGGAGAAGAUUGAGCAGGAAAACAUCCGCCUACUGCAACGUCUCGGGGCCAUCAUGAGUAAGAAACGUUUGGAUAACAUUUGGACCUACACACGACCGAAUUUCCUUCGUCGAGAAAACAUCUAUCCCGUCCGUCCAAAGACUUCGCCGGAUGCAGGCGGCCAUAGACGAACAUCCGCCAAACCAACAGCAGGCAGCCUGGCCAACGGCACCGGAUCACCGCUAGCAAACUGGACCAAAUCAAUACGUUGCAGUGCCUGCAGCGCACCGGCCCGUGUAGCAAUCCAGCUCAAUCAAAUCGCACCGGAAGGACGCAUACCGUGGGCUCCACAGCGGAAGACCACCAACCGGAAACUGCUGCAAGAGGCUGAAACGGAACAGCACGAAUGUUGUCGAUUCUGUUGCUGCUAG